AGGGGGUGGGGGACAUUUUCGACCCUCCGGGGAAGGGCUCGUUCUUUUCUUUGCGGCCGAUCUUGGGAGUCUCCGGCAGGGGUGGAGUCUGACCGGGGGGGGGGGGAGGAAUGUUGCUUUUGCAGAGCGAUCGCGGCUGUGCGCGGCGGUGGGAACUUUUCCCCAGACUGGUAGCUUUUCCCAUUUGGAUGGCUCUGGCAAGCUAAGCAUUUUUUUCCUGGCUCCUGAGCAUGGAUCCGACCUUGCUGCUACCGGUUGCUGUUACUCUUGAUCCCCGGGGUUUUAAUCAAGGGGCAGCAGAGCCCACUGAGCCCGCCUUGGACCCUUGCAGUCUCCUUUCAGAAAGGCACUAUGAAGUGGUGCCCUGUGUGGUUUGUGCCCUCUGCUGCAUUUUUGGAGUGGCUUACUGCUGUUUCGGGUAUCGGUGUUUCAAGGCCAUCAUGUUUCUCUCCGGCCUCCUCUUCGGCUCCGCUGUGAUCUUUCUGCUUUGCUACAAGGAGCGUAUCUUGGACACCCAGCUCAGCUUGGAGGUCAGCGCUGGCAUUGCCCUGGGCAUCGGAGUCUUGUGCGGCUUGGUUACGAUGCUGGUGCACUCUGUGGGGUUGUUUCUGACGGGGCUUCUGCUUGGCUUGCUGGUGGCCACCGCUGGGCUGGUAGCCACCGAGCCUUUUUACGAACUGCCCAACGGAUGGGUCCCUGCCGGGUCCCUGCUGGGUUUGUCCCUCUUAGGUGCCGUCUUGGCACUGCGCUGGCAGAAGGUCCUCACGGUGAUCUCCACAGCCGUGUUUGGGGCUGCCGUUCUGACUCUCUGCUUGGACUACGCGGUGGAGAACCUGGCUUUGGGCCACCAUGUCUACGACCGCCUGCGUCUGGCCCCUUCCUCCCUGCUCUGCUGGUGCGGCUGGGCAGUGCUGGCUACGUGGCCUGCCCUUGCCCUGAUGGGCAUCCUGCUGCAGUGGAAAGUGACCGCCGAAGGCUUCUCCCACACAGACGUGGUCCUGAAUCGGCGCCAGAAGCAAUUGCAACUCUUAAGGAUUCGACAGCGGGAAGCCAAAAAGAGGCAGUGCCAAGCUCCACAUGAAGGCUCCUACCGGAACAAGGCCAGUGCCAUCAAACGCUGUGCCGGAGACGUUCUCGCACCAAGUUACAUCCAGAGUCUGCGGGACCGUCAGCACUUGGGAACCGGCACCUCCUUGAGCAACCUCAGCACAAGUGCUCACACCACGGUGGAUCUGGAUUAUGAUUCGGGCUCUACCGUCCCCCUCACCACGCCACAAGGUUGCCUCUGAAGGAUGCGUGGGUAUAUAUGUGUGUGCUUGGGAUGUUGCUGCGUUGUCUUCCUCCCCUUCUGCUUUUAGCAGAGCCAGAGCACAAGCCGGCCCAGGGUUCUUUAAUAUGUUUCCUCCUGUCUGCAAACAUCUUUGGGUAGCCCGCUAUAUAUAUUUUUUUCAAGUGUCCAAAGCAGAUGGGUCCGUCUCCUUUCCUCUCUUUGGGAAGGGCCACGGAUGACUUAAAGAAGGAGAAGAGAAAGGAUUUAAGGAACACACAUUAAUGUAUUUCCACUUUAUCAACGAAGGCAGUUUUCUUUAGAAGAUCUUGACAGCUACCUCCAAAUUUUGCCGGAACAAAUGGAUUAAUGUCUGGGAUGUCUGUCACCAUCUUUGAAGCUGAUUUUGUCCCUGUCUGAAUGCUAAGCCAUAGCUGGAUCCUCCUCUGGAUUGAGAAGGCAAUUUGCUCUACUUUGCAGCAAAUCUGAAGCAAGCAUCUUUCAGCCUUUGUAGAAACUUAACUCAGGGGUACAAUACAACCACAUCAAGGUAGCUUACGAUGGUUUGUUGCAAUAGAAACGCAUGGCAUACAUGUUCUGAUUUGCGGUGCUUCUCCUUCAAGAUGUUGCCUUUUUUUGGUACAUAUGCUGUACGAGAAAUUUAUUGUAUUUAGUUUAUCCUUUCUCUAGUUAAGGUUGUUUGUCUCAAGAAGGGAAAGCUGCUCUUCUAUCCUCUCCUUAAUCUGAGAUCCAGGAUGGACCCUUCAAAGCCAUAGUCGGACAUUCACCCUUGCCAUAAUUAUGGUCACCUGUGGUGCCCAGAAUAUUCUAUAAAGGUCCCCAGCAAUUUCAAAGUGAAAUACUGCAUUUUUAAAAAAAAAAAGUAUUCACAAGACGUCAGCUUUCUCACUGAAAUCUAUUUGACCUUAAGGUUAUGAUUGAAACUAUUUGGGUCACUCUUGUUGCACAAGAUCGUAUGUCAGAAAUCACCUCUUGAAGAUUGCUAACUCUAGCCAACAGGAAGAGUAGCAACAUUUUUACUAGCCCAGUCUUUCCCUAUUCCCUCCACAGACGUGACCGUGCCAUAAUGUCUACCUUAUUGAAUGGAAGGGUAAUGGCAUGAUUGUGUCUGUGGAUAGAAUGGGUCUUCUGUGGUCCUUCAGCUAUUGGAUUUUGAUCUAAAUCGCCAUCAAAACAUGGCGGUUGUUGUGGUCCAUCAUCUGGAGAGCCACAGGUUUCUUAAUCUCUGUUGUGGUAAAAUCUAACCAGCAGGUUAUAAAAUUUAUGGGCGGAGCUUAUAUUUGCAGAACAGGCUACUUUCAUGAAAUGUUCACCAUUAUUAAGUUGGUGAAGAUGACUAGAAACCAACUGGGAU